AUGAAAACUAACGAAGAAGACGAGCAGGGCGAAUUCAUCGAAUCGUCCCAGACACCAACGCUUCGAUCGAAAAUCCGCCAAAAGCGACCAAACUAUUGUGAGUUAUCCAAAGGAAAAGAUAUAAAAAUGCCACCAAAACGCGUACCACGCGACAAUCGUACCGUUUCCCAAUGUAUCCGUCGGGUGUGGAAAAAUCGACGUAACAAACAGUCGUCUACUACGUCCAAGCAGCAGCAGCAGCAGCCAGCUGCUUGUGUAGCGAACGCUGAAACGUUCGCACGUUCGCUGCAAGAGACACCACCGAAAGUUGGUGGAAUCGAACCAGUGCCUUCGAUUAGUUUGUUUGCCCAGCAAGAGGAUGCUUUGACACGAUACAUGAACAGUGAAGCGGCCAAUGCACAGGUGGAUGAACAAUUGCAAAAGCUGUUGGAUGGGUUUCAGGCGGAGUACAAGAAGGAAUGUGCGACGAUGAAAAGCUCACCCGUGCAUGCGAUGAUGGAGGAGCAUGAAGCUGGAUCUUUGCAUUCGAUACUUUUGCCUGGCGCAAAAUGUGAGAAAGUAGCGAAGAUACAGGAGAACAAACAGCCAGCAGCAUUUAGUCCACCGCAACCAUUUAUUAGUGAACAGUUUUUAGUACCAAACUUAAGCGAGGAGAUAGCAAGAUUGGAAGAAAUGGUACAGUACGAUGGCAUGUCUCCUCUUCGGACUUGUUCAGUUACGGUAGAAUCGAUGGAUACUCCGAUCAUUCCCAUCGUUGAGUUAAGGGAAGAGAUGCCACAAAUGUUGGACAAAGUUCCCAUAGUUACAAACAACGUUUACUUGGAUUUGUCGGGACAGGAGAAAGGUUUUGUGUCAAAGAAGGUGAUUCCAGCUAAGUUAGCUCAACCGAAGGCAGUAAUAGAUGACAACGAAUGGCUAAAUGUGAGAAAAAAACGUUCCCGUGCAACGUCACCGAUCGUCUUCCAACAGCCGGAUGAUGUCCUCGAGCUACGCAUGAAGCAUCAACAUCUAGCCCAACAGAAAGUGACCAAUCCAUCAAUACUUUCGCACCGACCAUUCGCUCGCAGUACAUCGGAUUGUAGCACACAGACAAGAUUCCGACGUCGAUAUCGUAAUGUCGGCAUUCAGCAUCGUCCCGUCACUUCACUUGAUUUUACCGAACGUAACAUGAUCGUACUAGCGCAACGGUUCGAAGCAGACCCGAUCAUGCUGGAGCGCAAACUGAGACGUGUUGCGCAAACGGCUUGCGACCCAAUCUGGCAUGUACGUGAUCUUUCUUCCGUGUUUACCGCAGCAGAUCCGUACUUUGCGAACUUAAAACAUUUCUUGUAA